AUGCUUGUCCAUGUGCAGGCUCUCGAGGGCGACCUGGAGCAGUUCCGUCAGGAAUGGCGGCAAGACCUCUGGAGCCGACCGUCGACGAGGGCCGUUCGGCGGCUGCUGGUCAGCCGACAGCGCCAGUUGGCCGUGCAACCGGACGGGAACGGUAACCUGGACCAGGCGCCGCCACAGGAGGGGGAGAAGGAAGAGCCGGACGCGGCGGACGGGGCGGACGUGGCGGCCGACGAGGGGGAAGAUGAGGAGCCGGAAGCCGUGCUGGCCCGGCUUCAGCAGAUGACGCUGGAGGACGGCCGCUGUUGUCAGCCGGCGGUGCCGCAGACGGACGUCCACAUCUCGUGA